AUGGUAGGCAAUUUUGCCAUUUGCAGGCUGUUCCACUUGAAGCUAAGUCCGGACGCGUCUGUUUUUCACAAGGACCUCGUGGUGGAGACGGCACAGCUUGGCCGAAUCAAGCCGGAAAUCGGCCACAUAUACAGCGGAGAACUUGUUGGCGAGCCCUCGAGUAACGUGUAUGGCGCCCUGGUAGACGGCGUGUUCCACGGCGCCAUCCAGUCGCCGUGGGGCCGCUACUACGUUGAAAGCGCUCGACGCUUCUUCUCGGGGCCCAAACCCUUCCACUCGGUGCUGUACAACGCGAGGGACGCGCGCUUUCCGAACACCAGCACGCCUGGCGGCUGGUGUGGAGUGCGCGGCGAAACCGAGCGCUGGAUGGACUCCGUGAUGAAGAGCCGUGCGACCCUGGCCGCCGCCGCCGCACCGCCGCGCGCCGCUCGUCCUAAGGUCCGCCGACGUCGGGACGCAGUCGAGCGUUGGACGGCGAGCCCGAAGCGAGACCAGCAGGCGUCCUCCACCCGCGGCGAAGCCAAGUUGCGCGACGCUCGCUCCGACGACGAGGGCGAGACGGGCAACGCGUCGGCGCGCGCUUUGCCCCUGCACUCGCGGCGCGUGUGCAACCUGAAGGUGUCCGUGGACCACCUGCUGUACGAGCACAUCUUCAGGGUGGAGGAGCACCCGUCGCGGGCGCGCGCCCGCGUCACGGCUCUCAUCGCAGCGCACGUGAGCCGCGCCAGCUCCGUCUACCGGCGCACCAACUUCGGGGGCAUCCAGGACAUCAGCUUCAUCGUACAGAAGAUCAGGAUCAACGACAGCCGCAGCUGUGCCGAAGGCGUGAGGGAGAACAACCCGUUCUGCUCGGAUGGCAUAGACGCGGGCUACCUGCUCCACCUCACCUCGAAGGAGAACAACGACGACUUCUGCUUGGCCUUCACCUGGACUUUCCGAGACUUCGCCGAUGGCAUCCUAGGGCUCGCGUGGAUUGCGAGGCCGCAACUGGGACAGGGUGGAAUCUGCGAGAAGAACCGCCCAUCUGUGGACCAGAAGCCCGGCACGAAGGAGUUUCGCCAAUACUACCUGAGCCUCAACGCGGGCAUCUUGACGUUCCUCAACUACAACAGCCCGGUGUCGCAGGCCGUCUCGGAAAUCACGUUCUGUCACGAAAUCGGCCACAACUUCGGAUCACCCCAUGACGCACCACCCGGCGUCAGCUGCUUCGGCGCGUGCGCUCCUUGCGGUUCGCGCGGCAACUACAUCAUGUUCCCGUCGGCGACCAAGGGCUCCGAGUUCAACAACGACAAGUUCUCACCCUGCAGCAUACGCAACAUCACCAAUGUCCUCAAGCCGAUGUUCGAAGGGCGAAGCAACCGCGAGAAUUGCUUUCAGGUCGACAGCGGUCCCAUCUGCGGCAACAACAUCGUGGAAGACGCCGAAGAGUGCGACUGCGGCUUCUUCGUCAACGACUGCCAGGAGAGCUGUUGCUACCCGCGCCACAACACACUCGGUGCGCCAGGAUGCACGCUCCGCAAGGGCAAAGACUGCAGUCCGUCGUCCGGACCGUGCUGCAACAGUGAAUGUCGGCUGCACGACUCUAGCGUGAUGUGCAGCACAGACAGCCUGUGCCGGAACGUGUCGUACUGCGACGGCCUCAACGCCACCUGCCCGCCGGGGCCUCCGAAGCCGGACUUGACGCCAUGCAACGAGGGCACCCAGGUGUGCCUGGCCGGCGAGUGCGCGGCGUCCAUCUGCACCAAGUACGGGCUCAAGGAGUGCACGCUCACCGGACCCGGAUACUCGGUGGACGAGCUCUGCCUGCUCGCCUGCGAGGGAUCGUCGGGGAGCUGCCUCCCAGCAUGUGAUUUUCCAGCCAUGAAGGCACACUGCGGCGCCAUGAUGACCCCCGGUGCUCCAUGCAACGGAUUGCGAGGCUACUGCGACGUCUUCCGCAAGUGCCGUGACGUGGACGCCGAGGGGCCGCUGGCACGCCUGCAGCGCAUCUUCUUCGGCGAAAAGUCCGUCAACAAGAUCAAGGAGUUCAUCACGGUGCACCCUCUGCUGUCAGUGUUCCUGGCGCUGGGCUCAAUGUGGCUGAUGAUAGUCGUGUUCCGCUGCCUUGCGGUCCACACGCCCACCAGCAACCCGAACAAGAAGCCGGCCCACAAGCUCAAGGACACGCUCAGGCAACCUUGGAAGCUUUAGCGGACCACGGCCCCGGGCUGCGGAGCAUCGGCGACGAGGAGGAAGGUCUGGUCCGUACGGCAGCCGGCUGUGCGGGGAAGAGAUCGCGUCUCUAUUUUUUUUCUUAUUUUCUUCAGCGCAGCACGUUAUCGUCGCUGUCUGAAAAGGUGUCUUAAUUGUUUUUAUUAGAUGCUCCAUUGAAAGGGGCGAACAUAUAGUGUUUCGCUGUAAUAAAGCUCUUAUAAUAUCGAAA